GGGGCGGCACCGAAGCCGCGGGUCUUCGGGGCGGGGCCGAGGCCGCCGGUUCAGGUGUCGCGGCGGCUCCACGUCGCCCUAGCGGCCCGCGGGGCUGGAGCGCGCGGAGCCCGGGGCGCGCCUGGCGUGAGAGCCCGGACGGGCCGCAGCGUCCGAGCGCCGGCCCUUGGGGCUGGGCGGCCAUGGCGGGCCCGGGCCCCGGGGACCCCGACGAGCAGUACGACUUCCUGUUCAAGCUGGUCCUGGUGGGCGACGCGAGCGUGGGCAAGACGUGCGUGGUGCAGCGCUUCAAGACGGGCGCCUUCGCCGAGCGCCAGGGCAGCACCAUCGGCGUGGACUUCACCAUGAAGACGCUGGAGAUCCAGGGCAAGAGGGUCAAGCUGCAGAUCUGGGACACGGCCGGCCAGGAGCGCUUCCGCACCAUCACCCAGAGCUACUACCGCAGCGCCAACGGCGCCAUCCUGGCCUACGACAUCACCAAGCGGAGCUCCUUCCUGUCGGUCCCGCACUGGAUCGAGGACGUGCGGAAGUACGCAGGCGCCAACAUCGUGCAGCUGCUGAUCGGGAACAAGGCGGACCUGGCUGAGCUCCGGGAGGUGCCGCUGGCCGAGGCCCAGAGCCUGGCCCGGCACUACGACAUCCUGUGCGCCAUCGAGACCUCGGCCAAGGACUCGCGCAACGUGGAGGAGGCCUUCCUCAGGGUGGCCACGGAGCUCAUCAUGCGGCACGGCGGCCCCUUGUUCAGCGAGAAGAGCAGCGACCACAUCCAACUGGACAGCAAGGACGUGGCCGAGGGCUGGGGCUGUGGCUGCUGACCGGCCUCUGUCCCCCUCCGCCCCCCUGGCACCUUCCAGAGCUGGGGGAACCGCGGGGGCCACCCUGUGACCCGCCACCCUGUGAUCCAGCAGGAGCAGGAGCCCAGGGCAGGUGGGAGCCCGUCCUUCACAUGCCAAGACUGGCCUGAGCCCCGCAGGGCCACCACAGUGGGAAAGGGGCCGAGGUCCAACCUGUGACCACCUUCUGCCCAGCAGAUGGCUGCCCCCCUAGCUUCUUCUAGAUCAUUCCAGAACCUUCCAGAUCAUUCUGGAACCUUCCAGAUCAUUCUGGAAAUUUCUAGAUCAUUCCGGAACCUUCCAAAUCCCUCUGGAGCCUCUGUCUGGAGCCCAGAGAGCAAGAUGACCUGGGCAGCCAACUGGACUCAUCCCUCGGGCUGCCCUUCCUCCUGCACUGCCAGCCCCAGGCCCCGCACCCCGGGCCUGGCUCCUGCCUUAUCAGGACCUCGGGUUUUUCUGGUUUUCCAUGGAGCUUGUCAGGUGGCCCAAGAGUGGGGUCGUGGCCCGUGGCCAGCUGGGCACUGUGCGUUGGCUUGGGGCCCAGGGACUGGCCACUCAGGUCGCACCGUAGCUGAUCCCUGAGUGCUGGCUCAGAAGUCUGGCCAGUAGGAGACGAGGCAGGGACAGGCCUCAGAGGCCAGGGCAGCUCGGGAGGCCCUGGGUCCCUCCUCAGUGCCAGGACAGACGGAGGACUCCUCAAGACGGUCGGGGGGACCUGGAGGCCCGAGCCUGUCAUCCCAGCAGCUUGGGAGGCUGAGGCAGGAGGAUCACAAGUUGGAGGCCAGCCUCAGCCACUCAGGAAGA